UUUUGGCAAAGCCUGCCAUGCUUCUGAAGUUCUGAAGCUUCGGAUCUAGCUCUUGAGCUCCGUAGUGUUUUGACCAUUCUGUUGAUUCUCGGGUAGCUCAAUUUCUCUUUGAUUCUCAUCAUGACCAGCACCACCACUUCUUUCGGUUUGUACGUGGGUAAUACGACCACCUCUUUAGGCGUUUACCGGGGUGGACGAGGCUGUGAUGUGGUGGCCAAUCCUUCAGGUGAUCGUGUCACACCCAGUACCGUAUGCUGGCACGAAGGAGGUGAUGUGGGCGUGGGCCUCUCGGCCAAGCAUCAUGCUCAAAGAUUCCCCAAAAGCGCCGUGGUUUGGGGCAACAAAAGUGUGUUGGGACGCGCCACUUCGGAUCCCUCGGUCCAAAGCGUGGCGUCGGUUUCGGGCGUGUCCACGGCCAAAGUGCUGAUUGAAGGCGCGGAAGCUAAAUAUCAAGUCGAGAUCGAGGGCGCCAAUAGCAAAUGCGUGGCUCCGCGUGAGGUGCUCUAUCAUAUCUUAAAAUACAUGCACGACAUUGCCCUGACCCAUGUCACGUCCGAGGAUGAGGUCAAGACGGUGCUCACGGUGCCCUGGGACUACACCCCGGAGCAACGCGAAACGGUUAAAAUGUGUGCGGAAAAGGCCGGCUUUCAGGUGCUGCAGAUCAUCUCGGAGCCGGCCGCAGCCGCCAUGGCUUACAAUCUGGGCCAACUGGACGCGGAAGAAACGUUUACUACGCUCGUGUACCGAUCUGGUGGAUUGUCGACCUCGUGUACCGUUUUGGCCGUCAAUGCUGGAUUUGUGUCCGUUAUAGGCCAUGUGACCAAGGAUUUGGUGGGCGGGCAACGGGUGACCGAGGUCAUGUCCAAUUUUUUGGCCGACGAAUUCAAAAGGAAAUACAAGAUGGACCCCCGUGAGAACAAACGAUCCCUUCAGAAACUCAAGACGCAUGGCGAGAACGUGAAGCACGUGUUGUCUACUCUGCAAACUGCGGGUUGCAAUAUCGAAAGUCUGCACGAAGGAAUGGACUUUAAUGCUCAGAUUGCUCGAGCUCGUUUUGAAAAUUGCCUCUCUGAUUUGAUGCCCGAAUUACUGGCUCCCAUUCAAGAAGUGUUGACUCAAUGCAACAUGGAUCGGGAUUCGCUCCAGAAAUUGAUUCUCUGCGGGGGCAAUGCCCGGGUGCCCAAGAUUCAAAAAGCCGUCAAAGACUUCCUACCAAAUUGUCAAGUGCUCGCCAGUAUCAAUUGUGAUGAGGUGUUCUCUUUUGGAGCCGCUGUUCAGUCAAGCUUGGUCCAAGAGCGGGAUUACGUCACGCAAACUAGAUGCCAAUUAAAAGCCCUUAGUGCUAACCUUUUGUAUAAAAUCAACGACGAAGAUGCCGUCCAAGUUUUAAUUCCAAAGUCUUGUCCAAUCCCGGUAAAAAAAUCGGCCCUUUUGGAUCCCGGGACGAAUUCCACUUUAGUGGUGGAAUUCUUUGCGGAUAUGGCCAAAAGUCGAGCCAGUUUGGCCAAGACCGUCAUUAUGGGGCCAAACGGAAAUUCUAGCGAUGCUCGAGGGUUCAAAUUACGAUAUUUUCGAAAUAUCGCUCAACCAGCCUAUUGCCCGACCCAAGGAAUCGUCUCCAUUGUGUCCUCGAUGAAGUCAACAAAUGCGAGUGGUCUCGACUCAAAAAGAUCGAACAAAAUAUUAUUGUCGUUUUUGUUCCGGUUGCCAAGUAUUAUCUCGAGGUGACAUUGUAUUGUGGGCAUACUUCACACACAUCAACAUGGAGAAAUGUGUCAAAUUGGAGGGAUCCACAAACAUGUGUACGACAGUUGAGAAUCCUUUCCUUCUCACCCCUCUCACCUACUUUUCAUUCUAACUCCAUUUAAUCAUGCGCUCUAUAUCUACGUUUGUUCAGAAUGUGUACUGAUUGCAGUCCCACUAGUCUGUCCCCGGUACACCUAGGGUUUAUUCAGGAGUGAGUUUUGUUUUUGUGAAACACUUGUUCAUAUGCAUCCACCAGAUCGAUGU